UUUAGUUAUGCAAUUUACAAUGGCUCGGCAACUCUGCUCAGUUUGAAAAACACUCAAGCCAGUCAGCGUUGCUCUUUUCACUCAAAACUCUGCGCUGAGUGUUAAGUUGCCUGCGCUGGAAUUUCUCAUCGUGUUCUUUUUCGUCUGCCUAACCACCCCAAAUGUUGCUGCUGCGCAAGAGCUGACGCAGCAGCGCAGCCCAAACGAUCGACUGCGCUCUCUUCUCGCUACCUGAGCAAACGAACGCGCGCUCAGGUAAAACGAGUGCGCUCAAUUUUGCUCUUGCCGGCUCACCGAUGUUUUUGGUUUUUAGUCAGCGCGUUUGCCUCGGCGAGGAUCAAUAUCCUUUUGACGCUCGGUGUGCGCGGUUGUCUGCCGCUCGUCCUGAAACGCAGCUACAGAUCUUUGAAACGAAAUCGAAAUACGCGCUCAACUUUGUUAAGUUUUAAAUGUUUUGGAUUUAUGCAAAUUUAUAAAAGUACGUGCAAUAAUUUGUUGACAGUUUAAAUAAACGUACUUUAACCAAAGCAAUUGUGUUGUGAGUGAAAAACUUGUGCAAAAACAAAAAAUUAAACAAUCAAAUUUGUUACACUUGGAUUAUCAAUACUUUUUGGAUUACAACAAAUAAAAAAAAUUUAUAAAAAUGGAUUACAAGCACGAUAUUAAUUCGGAUGAUGAAUACGACUGCUCCAAUGGCUACAGCGAUAGAGUUAAUAACCCUAACGGUUUGUCCAAGGCGGAGCUGAGAAAGACCAAUAAGCCGAUUAUGGAAAAACGUCGUCGGGCACGAAUUAAUCAUUGCCUAAACGAGCUCAAGUCACUGAUCCUGGAGGCGAUGAAGAAAGACCCUGCGCGACAUACCAAACUGGAAAAGGCCGACAUACUCGAGAUGACAGUGAAGCAUUUGCAGUCGGUGCAGCGGCAACAGCUCAACAUGGCCAUACAAACGGACCCGAGUGUGGUGCAAAAGUUCAAGACGGGCUUUGUCGAGUGCGCCGAGGAGGUCAAUCGCUAUGUUAGCCAGCUGGAUGGCAUUGAUAUGGGCGUGCGUCAGCGUCUGAGUGCGCAUCUCAACAGCUGCGCCAAUAGCCUCGAGCAGAUUGGCUCCAUGAGCAACUUCAGCAGCGGCUAUCGCGGUCAAUUGCCCAGCAGCAUGUUUCCAGCAGCAGCCAACAAUUUGUUUGCCAAUCUGCCGCAGGAUUUGAACAACAACAACAACAGCAGUCGAGAUGCGCCUGCAGCUAUACAAAUGGCUGGACUGCAGCUGAUACCCUCACGUCUGCCCAGCGGCGAGUUUGCGCUUAUUAUGCCCAACUCAACAACAACAGCAGCAGCAGCAGCAGCAGCAGCAGCAACUACAACAGCAGCAGGAGCAGCAGCAACAGUUGCUGCGCCAGUGGCAGCGCCAUUUGCUUGGCCUGGCGCCGGCUUGAACGCCGCCAGCGCCGCCUUGGCCAGCAUUGCCAAUCCCACGCAUCUGAGCGACUAUGCGCAAAGCUUUAGGCUCAGCGCCUUUAGCAAGCCCGCAGCUCAAUUGAAGGCCAGCGCCACUGUUGUGGCCAAGCAAACCGCCAGCAGUCCGCCACUCAGUCCCAUCUCUUCUAUCUCAAGUCAGAGUCAUUGCGAUGAGUCGCGUGCCGCUUCGCCAGUUGCAGCGGCGGCACACGCGGGGCUGCUGCUGGCGGCCAAGCAGCACAGCUUUGCCGGCAUGUUCAGCACGCCGCCGCCCACCAGCGCCGAGAGCUCGUUCAACAGCAGCGGCAGCUUAAACUUGAGCGCCGGCAGUCAUGACAGCUCAGCUCAGCUGCUGGUCUCGCACUUGCAGCAGCAGCAAGUGAGCUCCACCAGCGGCCAGGACAGCAGUCAGCGUCGCGUGGCCAAGGAGCAGAAGCGGCAGCGUGAGCUGGAGCAGGAGCAGGCAGAUUCUAGCGAUUGUUCGUUGUUAGACGAACCAUCGGCUAAGAAAUUUUUGGCUGCCAGCAGUGACAAGUCCAGCUCGGCUUGGCGUCCUUGGUGAAGGACACUGCAUCAAUGUCUGUUAAGUUUUUAGUUUAAGUUACUUAUUUGUUAAUUUAUAUU